AGCUGAAACAUCACAAGCUAAGGUUUCUUUAAAUUUCUGUUAUAUUGAAACAAUUUUCAUAUUACCUUGUUAGUCCAGUUAUCUGUCAGGUAUUUUAUUUCUAGCUUUCCAUUAUUUCGGCUCAGUUUACUGCGAGCCAAUUGCAGUUGAGCUCAUUUCCUUGAAAAUGCGCAAGGUCUAUUGGUAGUUGUAUAGGGUGGGACAGACUAAUCCUAAGAAGGAGCAUUUCCUUAUAUUCUUGAUAUUUUACCCUCCUGGUCCUUCAGUUCUAACUAUAACCAAAAUAACAUAAUUAUACUGCGUACAUUCAUUAAUUUUAUGCAAAUUUGAGGCACUCAUCGUGUGCAAUUUCAUUUGGGUGCAUUAUAUUAUAUUUCUGUGGAGAGUACCUCAACUUCGGUGCGCUUGAAAAAAAAAACAACCGGAUUAAAAUUUGCGCGGCAAGUUCAAUUUCUAGUCGCUCUGGUAAGCCUAAAAAUUAAAAACCACGAAUGUAACAUCAUCUGAAAAACUUUGAACGUUUGGUUACCAGAUUUUAAGAAUGUGCUCGUUUUAUACAUCCGGGUUGUUGUUGCUAUUAAUAGUUAACAUUGAGCUCAAAUUGACUGAGGCAAUUUCGAAAAAGGGCAAAGAUUACUAUUACCUUUACGGUCCUGACGGGUAUCCUCGUAGUCAGUCUUUAAUCGACAACGAACAGGACGGCAUUGAACACUACUCGGGACAGAACUUAGUUCGAGAUGUGUUACGUAAUAACUCCAGGCACUUUAGACCUGUAAGUGACCAGGCAGUGCGCACAACGGUCCAGUUUAGAUUGCUGUUGUACCAGAUUUUGGGAGCAAAUAGUAUCCAGGGCAAGAUCCAUCUGCACUUCUGGGUGGAAAUGCUGUGGAACAACGAACAUAUCAGCUGGACUCCUGAUAAUUUCUUCAAUAUCUCCCGGAUAGAUCUCAACCCACAUGAGUUGUGGAUCCCGGAUAUCAUUUUCUUCACCCAACUGUCUGGCAGUCACUUCAAUCAAGACUUCCCCUCCCAGCCCGCUCUUCUGUUCGACGGAAUGACCAUGGUGCUGAAGCCAUUCCGCACAGAGCUAGUCUGUGUCAUGGACGUAUGGUUCUUCCCCUAUGACAGACAAGUGUGCGAGUUCGACGUGGGAUCUUGGGCUCACACUUCUUCCGAGGUGGACAUUCGGCCCAAGGAGGAGGGCGCGGCUGACAUGAUGUUCUUCCAAAAGAACGCCGAGUUCGACGUACUCUCGUUCACAGGCAGAUACAAAGUCUACAAAGAGCCACAUUUGAACUCGGCUGGCCCCGACAUCCAACUUCCUUUCGUAUUCAAUGACACUUCUGGACAUCGACACCCCUUCUCGCUGGAGAGCAGGGAGGCCCAUAGGGCAGAUUUCAGCUGCCUCUCGUUCAGUCUCGUAUUCGAACGGAAGCCCACUUAUUACCUGCUGAAUGUCAUCCUACCCAGUGUACUCAUCAACUUCCUCUGCGUGUUCAAUUUCCUCAUUCCUUGCGAAACAGGAGAAAAAGUGACAUAUGGGAUGACAGUGUUCCUGGCCCAAAGUGUGAAUCUGAUGGUGGUGAGUGAGAUGGUCCCCCAAGGAGGCAUCUCAGUCCUAGGCCUCUUCCUACUCCUCUCCCUCUUCAUGAUUGCUCUAUCCCUGUUGAUGCAAGUACUCACAAUGUGCAUAUUCUUCUCCAGCAUCCAUUGUCGGGCAUCCCCCCUCAUGAGGCGGAUGGGGGAGCAGAUGCGGAAAUUAGUUGGGCCUAAAGGUCCCUACAAUCUCCUCAACAACAUCUAUUGCCCUCAACCUAUUUCACCUCUGGUAUAUAACUCAGUGGAGGCUAAUCAGGAGGAUAAAGAGAGGGUAUAUAUGACGUCAGAGCUCGGUUCCAAAAAAGAAUCUGGCGCACCUAGUCCGGAAACAGAAGCAUUCUUACCAAAUGGUGGCAAUAACCAAACUGCAAACAUUUCCUCGUGGGUUAAAAAUGGGUCUACUGUUCUUGACCCGAAAGAAGCACUUGAAGCACAAUGGCUGGCGGCAGCUUCUCAAGCCGAAGUAAACAACAUCAAAAGCAAAUUACAAGAAGCAUCGACCUCCAAAUUUGUGCAUUUUAACGAGAAGAGCUUCUCCAGUCGCAAUCAGAACCAGCGCGCCACUUUCGGAAUCUUCAAUCAUUACACUGACUAUUCAAUGUAUAACGAGGACUUGCGUGAAAACGAUCGUCCAAUGACCAUUUCAACUGCUCGGCGAAGAUCAAGUGGAUUUCUUCCUUCUGAUAUUUUCCAGUACGACUUCAAGCAAAUUGAGAAGCAGCGCGGAAGCGUCGCAGUGUGUACUAGGUAUUCGGACGCUUACAGCGACUCGGACCCCUUCAGCUUCGGCAGUUCUCUGAUGCCGACAGCUCGGAGCAGAAAUGGACGUCGACAUAGUUUGCGCGGCGAUCAAGGCCGACCUGACAGUCAAAUUAUUUUUGAAUGGAGACUGCUGGCUAAUAUUCAGAAUAGAGUCAACACGCUUGUUUUUGUAAUCGUUUUAGCAGUUAUUUUGAUUUUGUAUUACUACUUCCAUGCGCCACCACCACUCAAUAGUCAGAAGACAAAAUAA